UCAGCAGUUUUUGGAGUUCUACAAGAAAAGGAGAGAGAGAGAGAGAGAGAGAGAGAGAGAGAGAGAAAUGGCGAUGAAGCGUGCUGCCUCAACCACAAUUCAAGCUCUUGCGUCGUCGGGGAUUUCGAGUUCCACCAGGCGUCUCCAUGCUUCUCCUGGGAGCAAAAAGAUAGUUGGAGUAUUUUACAAAGGAAAUGAAUACGCUUCGAUGAACCCCAAUUUCGUCGGCUGUGCUGAAGGAGCUUUAGGCAUUCGCAACUGGUUGGAAUCCAAAGGCCACCAGUACAUUGUUACUGAUGACAAAGAUGGGCCAGAUUGUGAACUAGAGAAACAUAUUCAUGAUAUGCACGUCCUCAUCCCAACGCCCUUCCACCCGGCCUAUCUCACUGCAGAGAGGAUCAAGAGGGCUAAAAACUUACAACUGGUGGUGACAGCCGGCAUAGGCUCUGACCAUGUCGAUCUAAAGGCUGCAGCCGCUGCUGGUCUAACAGUCGCGGAAGUCACUGGAAGCAAUACGGUCUCGGUCGCUGAGGAUCAGCUUAUGAGGAUUCUCAUUCUCACAAGGAAUUUCUUGCCUGGAUACCGUCAGGUUGUCAACGGGGAAUGGAAUGUUGCCGCUAUUGCUUAUAGAGCCUACGAUCUUGAAGGGAAGACUGUUGGAACCGUUGGCUGUGGGCGCAUUGGUAGGCUUUUGCUCCAAAGGUUGAAGCCUUUCAACUGUAAUCUUCUGUACCAUGAUAGGAUCAAGAUGGACCCGGAAUUGGAGAGUCAAACGGGUGCAAAGUUUGAGGAGGAUCUGGAUGCCAUGCUUCCAAAAUGUGACAUAGUUGUCACCAAUUUACCUCUUACUGAGAAAACCAAAGGGAUGUUUGACAAGGACAGGAUCGCUAAGUUGAAGAAGGGAGUUCUAAUUGUGAACAAUUCCAGAGGAGCACUCAUGGAUACACAAGCAGUUGUAGAUGCCUGUUCGAGUGGUCAUAUUGGAGGUUACAGUGGGGAUGUUUGGUAUCCUCAACCAGCUCCAAAGGACCAUCCGUGGCGAUACAUGCCAAACCAAGCCAUGACUCCUCAUAUUUCUGGCACUACCAUCGAUGCACAGUUGCGAUAUGCAGCAGGAGUUAAGGACAUGCUGGACAGGUACUUCAAGGGAGAAGAGUUUCCUCCUCAGAAUUACAUUGUUAAGGAGGGUGAACUCGCAAGCCAAUACCGUUAAACCUGCUUGUAUCCGAGUUUGAAGCCGAGUCUGUUCUCUGCGCUCCAAGAAUCAAUUAGCUUAAGAAUAAGUGUGUUUUUUUAAGUUCAAGUGGUUAUGAAAUAAAUGUUGUUGCAGCUUGUGUGUUUGUUCCAUAAUUUCUUAUUGUAGUAAUCACAAACUUUUUACGAUGUAAUAAUGUUGUUUUCAUGUAGCCGACUCCAAGUGAUUGGGACGUAAGGCUCGGUUUGAUUUGAUAAUAAUGCUGUUUUUCAUACAAA